AUGGGAAGUGAUGAAAAUUUUUGGGGACCCACACUCAUAAAGUGUAUAAGUUUAGGGAUAUAAAAAAAGGCGAUAAAUAUGAAUGAAAAAAAAUCAACAGGUCUUAGUGUUCCGGUAAAAGCGCUCAAGGAAUUUUUUUUUCAAAGGCCUCUAAAUGGCCUCUUUGGAAUUGUGAUAAUAAUUCAAUUUACUUUAAUGCAGUAAUAACAAAAGAAUGAAUGUUCAUUUUGGCUUAGGUAAAUGAAGUGCACUGUCACUUGUACUUUCUUGCCUACAACUUUCAUUAAAAACUUUUGUUGACAGUCUCUGGUUUCAAAAUUUUGACAUUAUUUUGUAAAAUAAGUAAAAACCCUGGCGAAAGAUGGAGGUGAUGGAAUUGGCUGAUCUACGAAAGGCAUUUAUGCCUUCGGAAAAUCGAUAUGAGAAUCCUCAUCGCGAGGCUAUGCGAGUAAGAUUUGAAAUACAGCUGAUUCCUUUUUAUUUAAUUCAAAAUAAGCUUUAUGUAUCAGCUGAGAACUUUGUGGACAUUUGAUGAACGAUCGAGCAAAAGCAGAGACGCCCAACGAGCGAUUGAACUUUUUCAUGAAGCAAGAAAUCUCGUUGCAACGAAUGAAUUUUCCACAGCUCUUCAAAUAAUUAGAAAAGCUCUGAUAAUGAAUCCUCGAUAUCAUGCUCUUUUUGCACUGAGAGGUGAUAUAUUUUUCCAGCAAGAUAAAUUGGAUCUGGCGAUUCACAAUUACGAAGAAGCAAGGAAGAUGGUGAAGUUCGACAAAAAAUCGGCUAGCGAAAUGUCUUCGUACGUGAGAAACCUCAUAGAUGUUUAUUGGAAAAGAGGACUGCAGUAUUCCAAGCAAGCUCGAUACAUCGAGGCUGCUAGUGACUACGAACAAAUUCUCGUUUUGAAACCUUAUGGAGUAGUUUUGACCGAAAUUGAAGACGAACUUUUGAGGACAUUGAGAAAAAUGGACAAGUACGAAGCAUUUCGAUACGAAUGGUCACGUUUCAUGAAUGAUGCAGAUCCAUCGAGAGUCUCAUCUCUGUUGACUCAACACGCAGAAUACAAGAUUUAUCGAAGAGAAAUGAGCUCGGCUCGUCAUAUUCUUUUCGAGGCGAUUGAUCUUGAUUCCGAAAACGAAAAAGCUCACGAGUUGUUACAGGUGAUCUAUGACACGGGCCACCAUUUAGUAGUAUUUUCCAUAACAUGGUCCGUCUAUGGUUGUCACGACAAAGCCCUGAUGGCCAUUGAAAAAGCACGAGACUGCGAUCCUUACAAUCCUGGAUAUACUCUCCUAAAAGCCAUUGUACUCAGGCUCUCAGGACGCUUGUUGGAAGCUGUGAAAUGGCUGGAAAGCGUUGACAAAGGUUUCCACAAACUCCUUGAACCAUCCCGGGACAAGCAGGGCUCGAUUAUGGGCAACCUUACUAUUGAGCAAACGAGGACUCAACUUGUUAAACAAUGGUAUUUGAUAAGAUACGACAUGGCUGUACAAUUCAUGCUCGAGGAAAGAUACAAUGACGCUUUAAAAAUUCUAGAGUCAAGUCGAUUGAGAGAACAAUAUGCUGAAACGUAUACAUUGAUGGGCGACUGUAUGUCAAAAUUGGGAGAACCAGACAAAGCCCUGCAAAUGUAUCUGACCAGUUUAGCAAAAGCAGUCGAUUUCAAAACGAUUGAUCCAAAAUCUCGAAAAUAUAUUCAUCUGGUGAAACGGAUAACUGAUAUAUUGAAUGAAAAAUGUAGUCAAUACGUGGAUGAUGGACGAUCGAAAGAAGCAGUUAAAAUAGCAAACGAUGUUGCACAAGUUUUGGAAAAAACUUCUGACCAAAAUUCACUGAUUCUUGGACAAAAUCUCGGCGAAGCUAUGAUCUGCAAAGCAAGAGCUCAAUACCAAAAUGAAGAAGUGAAGAAAACGAGUGCUUUUCCUUUACUCGCCGAAGGAUUCACACUCGCACGAGGCGUUGACGAUCAUGGACUUUAUAAAUAUGUCUUCCAUGAUACGAAUCUUGAAAAAGUUGUUGAUAACUUUGGCAGAAGAAGAAUACUUCCAAAAUCUAUGAAAUUACUGAUGCAGUACUCCUGAACACUGUCGAGAAUAAAUUUUUAUGAAAAAUUUAUCUUCAA